AUGCUCGUUAAGCUACGGCGUGUAAUCUGCGUCGCGGCGAUCGUUUGCGCCGCCGUCGUCCUGCGGCCGGCGGCGAUCGGUGGUGACUCACUGGCACAGGGCGCUAUGCCGCCCGAAAAUGUGACGCACAACGCGACCGCGAGAGUCCGAAGUUCAGACGCGCCGACCGAGCACCGCGGUUCCGCCGUCGCCGAUGCAUGUCUCGGUGGCGUUGAUUCGCUCCCGGGCCCGGCGAAGCAGUGCGUGGCCACCGCCGGCCGGCCGAGUGGUGGCGGUAAAUUAAAUAAUGGCACUUGCGUGAGUGCGCCCUGUGGUUUGGGGCCCGCGGCCCGCCCGGUCACGGUAGUGAAUGAUGUGAUUAACGCCACCCGGACGCCCCACACCAGGCCGGACCGACAGGCCGGCCCCUAUCAUCACGGUGCCACGGUCAGCAUCGAGGGGACAGGAGCGGCGCAGAAACAGGAGCAGCAUCACCACCUUGUUUACGGUGGCCAGCGUGUGGUGCUCCGGGCGGAAGUGCUCAAACACACUUCCGUUCUGUACGGUCUGCUGUCGAUCACCGAGCGGGACGGCGUGUCCGAGCGGUGCUACCGCGAGCUCCAGCGCGUGUAUCAUGGCAUCCAGCAGAAGGAAAUUUGGGCCAUGAAAGUUCUGGACUCGUCCGGCAGUCAGGAGCCGGGCUUCAUGUGGGGCCACAACCACUGGAUCGGCUCGGAGAAAGGGUGCGAGUCGACGCGCUCGCCACUGUCGAUCACGCUGUCCGAUCGCUAUCGGCGCAACAUGAAGCCGAACCUGGUGUCCGCGUUGGCUCCGUUCGAGCUCGACUACCGGAUCGUGUUCGCCAAGCACCAUUCGGCCUGGCAGGUGGAGAUGAAAUUCCAGAGCGAGAACAUUCUACAUAUCGGCGUGUGCAUUCCACGGUCGUGCACCAACGACGAGUUGCACAACCUGACGGCGCGCUACUUCGACGAGAACAUCGUCCUGGCGCAAGACAUCUACGAGUUCAAGCCGAACGUUUUGCACGUGAAGAACACCUCGCUCGAGCGCGCCUUCUGGACGAAGCCGAGCAUUUUCAUCAUCGGUGUCUCGACCGCCGUUACGCUGGCGAUGAUCUAUCUGGCGCACAGCCGAGAGCAGCACACCGAAGAGGGCACGUUCAUCGAUCGGGUGAUCGAUAGCUUCAACCUGCGCAAGAACCUGACCACAAUCUUCCGCACGGACACCGGGCCCCAAUCGCUGCCCGUCAUCUGUGGCAUCAAGUCGAUCUGCUGCUUCCUGAUCCUGUGCUUCCACAUGCAGUGGUACACGUUCUACACCGUGCACAACCCAUCGGUUAUGUUCCACUACGCCGAGCAAAUCCGCUACCAGCUUGUGAGCAACGCGCCCCUGCUGGUGGACGUUUUCUUCGCCAUCAGCGGCUUUCUGCUCAGCUACAACUUCAUCCGCAACCGGUCCAAAGUGCAGGAGGUCAAGGCGAAUUCGCUCUGGCAAAACGGCCGGCUGUACGGCAGGAUGCUGCUGCACCGCUACCUUCGUCUAUCACCCAUGUACCUGAUCGUGACGGUGAUCGGCGAGCUGACGCACAGCUACAUCGUGGCGACGUCCAAGUUUUGGGUCCACGAGCGCUCCGAUCUCGGCUGCCAGCGGUACUGGUGGCGCAACGUGCUGUACAUUCAAAACCUCUACCCGGUCGAGGACAUCUGUCUCAGCUGGACGUGGUCGCUGGCGUGCGAGAUGCAAUACUACGUGCUCUUCACCGCGCUGCUGUUUGUGUACGCCAAGAGCUCGCAGUUCGGUAAGCGGCUGUUUGGGAUGUUUGCGAUCGGCACGCUGGUCCUGAACGUAGCGCUGACGCUCAACCAUCGCUUCAUCCCGUCGUACGAUGUGCUGUUUAAUACGGGAGACGCCCUCUAUCUGGCGCCGUGGUCCCGGGUGUCCCCGUACGUGGUUGGCGUCUACUUUGGCUGGAUGAUGGCGGCCCGGCGCGGCAAGUUCACCCCGACGCAGAAGGAGUACCGCGUUUACUGGCUGUUGGCGUGCUUCUGUACGAUCUUCAGCAUGCACUCGACGAUCAAGCGCAACUUCCCGUUCCCGAUCGCCUCGACCGUGAUGGUGGCCGUCCGGUGGCUGAUCUCGUGGGCCGCCUGCUGGGUGAUCCUCGCCACCGGAUGUGGCUUCUCGAACGCCGUAACGCGGGUCCUGUCAUCGAAGUUUUUCGUCCACAUCAACAAGCUCACGUACGGGAUCUACCUGCUAAACCCGGUGAUCAUCAUCGGGACGUUCGGUAUCUCCGACUCGAGCGUCCACGCUGACCCGAUACCGGCAAUCGUCAUGGCGCUCGGGGUGACGCUGCUGUCGUACGUGGGGGCGAUCUUCUUUUCGGCCUGCUUCGAAAUACCGUACUGUAGGAUUUCUAGCGAAAUUCUGAAGCUCAAUCGCAAACCGACGCCGCCGCCGCCGAUCACGGUACCGGUGGCGGUGGCAGCAUCACCGGAUCAGUGA